GUUCGUUCAACCGCCACCGGAAAUAAUAUUUCGGCUAUUCAGCCGUCCCUAGAUAUCAAGAUUUUCGAUACCACAAGCUUUGCCACUUUACAUCACACCGAUGCAGACCUUACGCAAAAAAAACAGCCCAUGCAAGUUCAAAAAAGAGCCGACACGAUUCCUUGGCGAGGGCGUUUCCUUCAAGGCCAAACUCAUCGGCAUCCUCGAGGUUUCCGAAGCUCGUGGCGAUCGGAUGUGCCAAGCUGCUCUUGCCGAUCUCAAAAUGGCGAUCAGAGCGGCCGGCGAGCACAAACAACGGAUCGCUGUGCAAGUCAGCAUCGAUGGACUUCGAUUGCGAGACGAAAAGACCGGGGAGUGCCUCUACCACCAUCCGGUCCACAAAAUAUCCUUCAUCGCUCAAGACAUGAGCGACUCUCGAGCUUUCGGUUACAUUUUUGGUUCCCCGGACACAGGCCAUCGCUUUUUUGGCAUUAAAACCGACAAGGCUGCCAAUCAAGUGGUGAUUGCGAUGCGGGAUCUUUUCCAAGUUGUUUUCGAGUUGAAGAAAAAAGAGAUCGAAUUGACGAAACAAAACAUCGAGCAAAACGCCAUCAAGUUUCAUAUCAGCGGGAUCUUCGUCGAGCCAGCGCCAGACACGAAGGGCGCUGCGGGCAUGGAGAGCUGUUCCCAACGCGUGCGAAGCUCCAGUCUCGUUGACAGGGUCCCGAGCAUCAGUAGCAUCAACGAGAAAAAAAACGACAGCCAAACCGGCGUCAUAGCCGAUCUCCUCGAUCUCCAGUUCGAGCUCAACUCCUUGCAGCAAGGAAUCCACCAGAUGGACAAAAUAACGCCGGAGAAUCCGAGACCGUCUUCGGAGGAUCCCUUCGAGACUGAUCCCUUCGGAGAUUCCUUCGCGAACAUCAAGGACUUUCCGCAGGUGACGACGAGCGUUCAACCUAUUUUGCCUCCACCGCCCUCGACCUCGAAGAGGGGCCACCUGGAGCGCCAGCAAACGAUUCCGGUCACCCCACCGUCGGUCACCUCGAGCCCAGCUACGCAAGCAACCUUGAGCACAAAAACUCCGCCGCCUCAAGAGUCCAUUCAGUGGUUGGAUAACGACAGCGAGAAGCGGUUCAGUGACGAUGAAAUCGCUAGUUUAACAAACACUGGAAAUGGCGAUGAUGAGAAGGAAAACGGUUCGAGCGGGGGAGGAGGCAACAUUCGGAAGAGUCCGCAGAUAGACGUGUUCACGGAAUUGGAUCCCCUCGGGACUGGACUGAGCAAGCCUUACAUAGACAAAAAAGACUUUUUCCAACAUUUGAAGAAUCCGCCGAAGAAGGUACUGAAGGAUCUCGUUACGACCAAUUCAGGGGAGACUUUCCCAACGAAUUUUGACAUAAGCUUAGACUCAUUGGAUCCUAUGAAGGUGGGAAACGGAGGGGAUCAUAAAUCGAGGGAGAUAUUCGAGGACGGGGAUUUCGCGAAUUUCGAAAAGUUCGAAAGCAGGAAUGAGUUGGUUGGGGAGGUAGCUGAAUCGAGUGGAGCUUCGGGAGCGACGAGUUUACCGUCGAAAAUAGAAUCGAGUCAACAAGCCAGCAACAGACUGAAUCAGAGGUUGAUCCACCAUCAGCCGCUCUCCGUGUCGCUUCCCCCCGAGGAUUCGCCGAUUCACGAGAAAUCCUUUAGCUUCAAUAACACCGCACCGACCAGUUCUUCAUCGACGCCUCGGAUGGACAAAGAACCCAACGAUUCGGCGCAGUCGUUGAUGAGGAUACCGAGUCCGAAGAAGUAUCGGCAACUGAGGAAGAAAGAAUUCGAUUCGGACUUGUCGAGCAUGUCGAGGCUCCGUAAAUCGAUCGACAAACCCUUCCCAGUCGAUUUUUCCAGCACGAACGACGCGCCGGGCUCUCCGUUGCGCUCCUGUUCGUCCGAGGCCAACUCGAGGCUCUCCAGCUCCAGUGCCGAGUUGGACAUCGUGCCGGAGCCGCCGCCCAGAGGCGCGGGCAGCAUCCUCAUAAAUCCACCUCCUUUGCCCCCGAAGAAACAAGGCGCCCGAGGAGGGAGCAAGCCCCCGCCGCGGCCCCCUCACACGGACACCCACCUGCACUACGACUUCAUCGAGCGCGAGGAAAGCUCGCCGUCGCCGACGAAGCGCGAACGCACCAUGAGCCCGGCUCGCGUCGACGACAAUAAGCAACGUUUCGACGACAAUUUCAGUCCGCCCUCGCCCCUCACCCUGAGGCAGAGCGACGGCUCUACCGUCAGCGGGGGAACGUCGUCUUCGAGGUUCGAAACGAUGACGCCCACCACGCUCUCCACUCUUUUCCGGAACCCCUACAUGAGCAACGUUUCCGGGGAGUCGAAAAGAGUAACGACGACUACCAACUCCGCGGUGACGACUCGGCCAUCCCUCGACAUCACGCUCAGCCAAUUGACCUCUUCGAACCUCGCCGAAUUCGCGACGAGCCUCAACAUGAGCGUGUCCGAGCUCACGAGCUUGACCUUGCAGCAGUUGACCGAGUGUCUGGCCAAACUGUCCGCUCGGGAAGUCAACGAUUCCUCGACUCCCCGAGCGAGCGCUGGCUCGCCCGUGGCCCGAUUCCCGCCCCCCGGAUUCCCCAAAAUUCCUUCGGCCUCCGGCCAACUCGCAGAAACUUGCUUCGUCUCGAACAAACCGCUCUUCAAGGCGGACUUUGACCAAGACGCGAGACCCCAACCCCAGCGAUCCGAGGAACAACCGGUCUACGACAAGUACGCGGUGUUCAGGGAACUCCUGGAGAUGGAAGAUAAGCAGGACGACAACGGGCGAGCGAACGAUUCCAUCGAAACGAUCGACCACCAAGAAUCUCCGGAUCGUCCCGCCGGACCCGAGCCCCUCUUAAUUGAGACGGAUAGCAACGAGCCCAAAGACGAACUCGCUCGGAUGACGAAUCUUUUGGCAACUUGCGAACUGAGCGUGGAACUACCCGCUCGGGGUGAGCGUCUCUCCCGACCGGAAGUCGAAGCGGACCUCGCGGACCUCGGUGACGACGCUGACAAAGAUGGUAAGGUAACCUCACCGAGAGAAGCCGUAAUUGAGGAAAGUAACGAGGACGACGAUGAUCCGAGAGGAAGCGACAAGCAGGAGGUCAGCGGUGGCAAGUCAUUCGAAAAGCAGUCUCACGAGAUUGCUCCAAGUGUGAAAAGCCCGCGAGUCAAAUUGGCGAGGGAGGACACCGACCUUGCCGAGGAGCAAGGUAACCGCGAAGAAGAUAUUUACGAGGAGGAAGAAGACGAGGACGAGGAGGAAGAGGACGAAGAAGAGGAAGAGGACGAAGCCCCCCCGUGUACCGGAGCCCCGAAGACACCGACGACUGUACAAAUUUCGACUCUGGCGAGUGAGACGAAGGACAGAUAUGCGGCACUGCGGGAAAUCGUUGACGAUCACGCGGAGCCCGUGACGUUGGCCAAAGACGGGACGACGGGCGAAGACAAACUCCCGAGUCCGUCCGUAACGUCGCCGGUGCAACAGCAAACUCUGUUGAAUCUGUUGAAGAUAUUUUCGGAACCAGGAGCCGAUAGUCCCAGCCCGAGGAAAGCUGGGACGAGGAACGAGGAGGAGCUCAAAGCGGUGACGGCGGAUAUUUUCGAGGAGAUAAGGAUGCUGAACAGCGCGAGCGACCAGUGCGCCGUGAGCUGCGGCUUGGCCAAGAGCAACGCCGGGCCGGCCCCGAGUACCGGAUUCGAAGAUGUUUUCUGCCCGUUUCCCGAGGCGAAGCCGGAGCUGAGCAAGGACGGGCGGGACUCGGCGGGCAGCGUUAAGGACGAAAGCAACUGGGCCAAGUUCGAGAGUUCCGUCGUCUUUCAUUCGGACAAAUCGUCGUACGAGGGGCAAGGUUCCGUGGGCGGAACCUCGCCCUGGUCGCCGGACGAGAAGGACUUUCAGACGGAGAGCGGCGGCGGCGGCGGCGGCGGCGGGGGAGUCAAGCUGACGCCGAAGCAGCACUACCAGCCGAGAUUGCACUCCGGGGAGAGCGACAACGAGUGGAAGGACGAGGAGGAGAGCGAGGAGAGCAACGGCAAGAGGCAGUUCCGCGGCGACAGCGAUUUCUGGUGCGGCAGACAUCCGCGUUACGAAAUAACCGAAGAGGGCAUUUCGUAUUACGAAGAGCGGAGCGAACGCGGCGACAAAGAGCGGCACUUCCGGGAACGGGGCUCGCGGAAACCGCGCGGAGCGGCCUGGCCGAAGCAGGGAAGCGGGCACAGAACUCGGGACUCGUCGCCGUGGCACGAGGAGCCCUCGGGCCGGGGCUGGUCCAGGGAAGAGGACGAACACCACGGCCUCCAACGAAGCAGAUAUCAAAUAAAUCGAAAGCAAAUGGCUACUUCGUACAAAGAGGAGAUCGACGAGCCGUCCAAGGGCUACUGGAAGUGCAGGAGCAAGCAGAGGGCUUGGAACGGCGAUCGAGAGGCCUUCAGGAACGCCCCUCAGCCUCAACCGCCUCAGCCCGGGCUCCAACAAGCUCCCCACUUCGUCCCGGAGCCCAUGUUCUACGAGGAAGAUCGUACCAAGAGAAGAAUGAUACUCUGGAGCGAGGAGGAUCGCGACAGGGAUCGUUUCAGCAGUCAGGAGAGCAUGGCCUACGAAGACGAGGAGAGAUGGUCGCGGAGGGAAUACGAGAGAAGGCGAGAAAGGUGGGACGACGAAGGGAGCGCUCCAGGGAGAUUCUGGCCGAGGAGGAUACCCGGGGAAGCCGAUUCGCGGGUAGACCCGAGGCUGGACCCCAGGAACGAGUACGGACCGCCGAUCGACGUGUACAGAAAGCAGCACUACUGUCGCGCCGACGCCAGGGAACUGCGGGACCGUCCAGCCGGUCACGAUCUCUACGUUCCUGGAUCGCUCGGUCCGACGGGUUGCUGGCCCGAGGACGAGUACUCGCUCCCGUUGUCCGAUCGCCCGGAGAACUCCCCGCGAUACUUGACCCGCAAGCGUCACUGGCCCAAGAGGCCCAACAGCGCGAACGACGAGAGAAAUAUUUCGGAGCCGGUCUACGCCGAUCCGCGCUUCAAAUACGGCAUGUCCAGGUCCGAAUGCAGCGACAACGACUCGAGCCUCUACCACCGACCCUACAGAUCGAGGAGCCGCGAAAGCUACUGGGGGGGCAGCGACCAGGAGUUCGAGAGCUGGCCGGCCGGCGGGAGCACGAGCGAGCGCCUCUACUGGUCCGAGGGCCCGGACGCCAAAAGCGAAACUCUCCAUCGCCGUAGGAUGAACCGACACAAGUCGAAUCGUCCCGCCUCGCAGAAGAGCCAGAACUCCCCGUUCGAGGACGAUUUCACGGAGCCGGUCGAGCCGAGCGAGGCGGCCUUCGAGUCCCCGCUCGCGGAACCGUCCCACGGCGUCAUACCAGAAAUGGAGGGCCAACAGCAGGCUACGACCCCGAGGAACGUCAAGGAACACUUGAGGAAGGAUCAACGCCUCGCCAGAUACGCGAAGCCCUCGGGAAGCACGAGCGGGACUCGCGGCUCCGGCUACUUCGACAACGAAACCAUCGCGAGCGAGCCGCCGAACGAACGCGCGAGAAAUUCCGCCGAGUUUAAAUCAACCCCCGAAGACUUGACACCCGACGUGGACAAAGUCUUGGCCGGCACCCUCGAGGGACUGACCACCGAGGACAACGAAAGUAGAGAUUCCUUUUACAACGGGGAUCCUAGUCCGCGCUUCGAGGACGACGCCUUCGCAUUCAAAUCCGAAAUGGCCGACAGCGUGCCCGAAACGACGAGCGCGCCCGGUGCCGCCUCCCUAAAAAAUUCUAGACAAAUUAAGUAUGGCAAUAACAAGAUUAAGAACGACCACGAUAUUAAAAAGUCUGAGUCCGUUAAUAUUUUCGUUAGGGAAAGCGAUCCGUUCGACGACGAUGACUUUUUCAAGUGAUCUCCCUCCGCUCGACGCGGCUCAUCUUCAUCUCGCUUCCACGAAGCCUCUUCGAGGAGACCCACCUCCGCCGACACUCAUCCAACGGAACGUGCCUCGAGAGAUAAACGUGCCAGACGUUUAAUCAAAAUUUCACCACUGCGCGACAGACGCCUCGAUACCGUCUGACGCGUGCCCGCAUGUACAGUCGCGUCCGGUAUCUCUUCGAGGUCAGACCAAAGCCCACUGCACGGAGACACUUUUAUACGAAUACUUGCUAUGUUAUGAAGCAGCGCCGUUCUAUUACAUUCCACCGAAGUACAUUGAAAUAUUGACGCGCGGAGAGCAUGUCUCUCAAAUUUUACUAUUUAGGCCAGGCAAAAUUUAGGUCUGUGACGUUCUUGGAUCGAACGGUCCGUCGAUAUCUGAACGUCGCUCGUGCCUUUGGUGAAAUUUUUUAAAUUGCUCAAUUGGACUGGACUAGUAAUUGGUGAAAUGUUUCAAUUCUUUGUAUCGUUGAGCUCCACCGCGCCCGAAAUAAAGUUCUUGUCGACAAAGAUUUACUUCUUUCCGGGACGGUGCACCUCGAUGAUACUAAAAUUUUAAACACAUUCCCGAACACAAAGUCCCCUUAUAAACGAAGCGGCUGCUCAAACAUUUGGCGGGCGCAUGAAUUUUGCUGUUAUUCAGCAAAAUUCAGUGUGGUAAAAAGGAAAAUAUGAAAAUUCAAUUUUUCGCGCAGCACAGAGAUUGCUGUGUUGUCCCCUAAAUUUUCAUCAAACCAUUUCACUAUUUACCUUGUUUUUAGUCGAAAUUUCGUCGGUAUCCAUUUUUUAUAAGGCGCAGCGCCUUAUUUACUACCGUAUUUAUUAAAACAACUCUUAUAUACGCGAAUAUGUCGAUUUACGACGUCAUGACGUUUUUCAAACCGUUCUCACAGACAAACCAUGCAGUUAAAAAUCUGAAAAUUGGUGACGAUUUUUUUCGAUUUUUCUCUUUUCGAUGAUUACUGUAAAUCGAUGUGGACCGACGUUACUAAAAAAACAUGGUAAUUUUUCGCAUAAAAGUCUCUCCGUGUGCUCGUCCGUUUAUCUUCUACCGAGUGUAAAGACACCGCUUGGAUACACGGGGAUCGAUCUCCUUGCAGAAGCUUUAUGGGAACUCCGACGCUGCUCGUUAAACCGAGGACGUCGAUGCUACCUCUACCCGCUUGCCUCUCAUCCCCGUCUCCUUACCCCGUUACUAUAAUGUAGUAUGAGCAUAAACCGUAUACACACGAUUCACUGUACCAUUGUUAGGUUAGUAAUUCCUUAUCUGCUACAACGAGGGAACACUUUUUGACGAAAAGUAUUUCAUUUUUGUCGUCGUCGAACGCAAUUCCCCCCCGCUCGAUCGUCAACGUUCCUCGAGCUUGUUACGUUCGUUCGCCGCAUUUGUUGUGAUCCUCGAACGAGUGAGUGCGAUCCUACGAGUAUCGAUGCUGCAUCGCGUCGACGAUUAUUUUAUCGUUUCUUACGUAGUCGAAUUUACACGGCGAGGUUGACGUUACUGCGGUUUUUCAAGUUUUUCAAUUAAACCGACGAUCAACGAUGCGUGCUCCAACCGAUACGAUUUAUGCUCGUUGGAUGCACUAGACAGAUUUUUAUUAUUGGACGAAAUCUUCGGUCCCCACGGGCCCAGAGCCUGCGCCAUCGUCGCGUAGCGAACAAUUAACUGACCUCGUUGAAUCACGGUGUAACAAAUGCUACUCGUAGGAUAAAGAGGUGGUCGGCCUCAAGUGUCCUUUUAUUCACUCACUUUCGUCAUUUUUCGUUCUCGGGUAUCGAGAGUGCGUUUAUUUAUCUUCUCAAACUCGUUUCUCGACCGUCCUAAAUGUCUGUUAAUAUUUAUUAUCCAUUGUAUUGAUCUCAUUUGUUUAUUAUUGGACUGAAUAAAUAGGAAAUACCAAAGUCUA